UGUGUCCCUGUCCCUGCACAUCCCUUUCCAUGUGUGUCCCUGUCCAUGUGUGUCCAUGUCCCUGUGUGUCCAUGUCCCUGCAUAUCCCUUUCCAUGUGUGUCCAUGUCCAUGUCCCUUUCCAUGUGUAUCUCUGUCCCUGUGUGUCUCUGUCCCUGUGUGUCCCAGUCCACACGUUCUUCUCCCUGCGUGUCCCUCUGCAAACCUGUCCCUCUCCAUGUGUCCCUCUCCAUGUGUCCCUGUAUGUCCCAGUCCAUGUGUGUCUCUCUCCAUGCAUGCCCUUCUUCCUUGUGUCCCUUUCCAUGUGUGUUCCUGUCCAUGUCCCUAUCCCUUCGUGUCCCUGUCCCUGCGUGUCCCUCUCCACACCUGCCCUUCUCCACGUGUGUCCCUCUCCAUGUGUGUCCCUAUCCAUCUGUAUGUCCCUGUGUGUCCCUUUCCAUGCGUGUCCCUGCCCCUGUGUGUCCCUGUCCAUGUCCCUCUCGUGUCCCUCCCCAUGCGUGUCUCUUGUCUCUGUCUCUGUCCCUCUCUCUACGAGUCCCUGUCCCCGCGUGUCCCUGCUCGUUGUGGCCAUUCCCAGACCCGCAAUUCCAGCCGGGCAGGGCGCUCCGUGUGCCCGUUCCCAGCCAGGAAAGGCGCUCCCGGUGCCCAUUCCCGGCCCCGCAGUUCAUUCCCGGCCGGGCAGGGCGCUCCCGGUGCCCAUUCCCGGCCCCGCAGUUCAUUCCCGGCCGGGCAGGGCGGUCCCGGUGCCCAUUCCCGGCCCCGCAGUUCAUUCCCGGCCGGGCAGGGCGCUCCCGGUGCCCAUUCCCGGCCCCGCAGUUCAUUCCCGGCCGGGCAGGGCGGUCCCGGUGCCCAUUCCCGGCCCCGCAGUUCAUUCCCGGCCGGGCAGGGCGGUCCCGGUGCCCAUUCCCGGCCCCGCAGUUCAUUCCCGGCCGGGCAGGGCGGUCCCGGUGCCCAUUCCCGGCCCCGCAGUUCAUUCCCGGCCGGGCAGGGCGGUCCCGGUGCCCAUUCCCGGCCCCGCAGUUCAUUCCCGGCCGGGCAGGGCGGUCCCGGUGCCCAUUCCCGGCCCCGCAGUUCAUUCCCGGCCGGGCAGGGCGGUCCCGGUGCCGCAGCGGCCGGAGGCGGCGGGAGGGGCGGCACCGCCGCUUCCCCGGAGCUUUCGCUUUCGUUUCCUUGUCGGGCCUGCUCACUCCGGGCCCUUCCCGGUGAGAUCCCCUUCCCUGUAG